ACAGUGUUGUGAUAGAUUUGUAGAUUCCGUUACACUAAACUACCUGCAAUGAAAUGCAAUGCUUUAUUUUUGUAGCCUUCGAUGUCUUCUCGGCUUACUUGUUUACUCUUCGCUGAUGAUGUCAAAGACUUGUGCGCUUAUCACUUCCAGCGGCUACUCGCGUACAAAUUUGGUGUUUAACUGGUAUGGAAUGGGCGAAGAAGAACUGCAGCCAAGCGUCAUGUUUUCAUUUUACUUCAUAAGAGGAAUGUUGUUAUUGUUCAAUUUAUUGUUAUGGCUCGUCGGUCUUUUAAUCAUUUUAACCGGCAUCUGGCUGCAUACCGAUUUUCAAAACUAUUUAAGAAUCAGUGAAGGAUAUUCGAUUUAUGUGCCCUACAUUUUGCUCGUUGUUGGUGGUGUCCUGGUGUUCGUUGCUUCGUUAGCUUGUUCAUGCAUAGUGAAAAUCGAUCCCACCAUGUUAGUCAUAUAUGGCGGUUUUCUCAUUGCUGCGAUGUUCACUUUAAUACUAUUGUCCAUCUAUAUUUAUGCUUAUAAGGAUAAUGUGAUCGCCGGGUUGCCGGACGGUAUUGAGACGGAGGUGAAGAACUACAAUUCUUAUCAGAAGAGUGAUUCACGUGGAAUCAACGCAACUCUAAUUGAUUUUAUUCAAAACAGUCUGGAAUGUUGCGGUGGUCAGAGUCAUCUUGACUGGGCGAAAAAUUCUCUACCCAAUUCGUGUUGCUGGAAUGCGGGUGCAACUGGAAAUUACUGUUCAGCAAAUCAAACGGGUCUUAUGCAUGAAGUGGGUUGCAUACCGAAACUGGUACGUUUAAUUAACACUAACCUCACCAGUAUUGGUGUAAUGCUUUCGGUGCUGGCUUUGUUUCCUCUAUUUGCAAUGGUAUUCGCCUACUCAUUGGCAUCCGCAACCAGACGAAUCGGCUAUCAAAGUAUAGUUUGAGUCCUGCCAAUGGCUCAAUGGCUCGUCUUGAAAGAAAUAUUCGUUUUUCAUAUUUUCUAUGUAUUUUUAAUCUGAAUGUAAAUUACAUACAUAUUAAGCUAUGAAUUUAAAUAUGGCAUUUAAUGGUAAAUAAAUAUCCUACAAGCAAGCGUAAUGCUAAUAAAAUAA